AGCUCUGCAAGGGCUGUCCCUGAUGGGCUGCACCUUAAUCUCUCUUACAUACGUCUUUGGCUGUAGCUUCCAGUGCUUAUUCCUCCAGAGGGGAGUAAUUUUUGUUCAUUUUUUGUUUUCAUAGAAUCACAGAAUGGUUAGAGUUGGAAGGGGCCUUGAAGCCCAGCCAGUGCCACCCCCUGCCCUGGGCAGGGACACCUCCCACCAGCCCAGGUUGCUCCAAGCCCCGUCCAACCUGGCCUUGAACCCCUCCAGGGAUGGGGCAGCCACAGCUUCUCUGGGCAACCUGGGCCAGGGGCUCACCACCCUCACAGCAAAGAAUUUCUUCCCCAGAUCUCAUCUAAAUCUCCCCUCUUUAGGUUUAAAACCGUUACCCCUCGUCCUAUCAUUUUUUUCUUUAUCUAUACAGGACUAGCACCUUGCUGUCAGCUUAGAAAAAAGCAUGGCCUCAUCCCAAAGAAUUUAACCAUCAUGAGCAGGAGGCAGUAAAUGAAAGCAGUGGCAUUGUGGAGACGAAGGGGGAAAGUUGUGCAAAGAAAAAACACUUAGAAGAGCUCAGGGUUCCCUCUGUGCCCCUCGUACCAGGAGCUAGUACACGACAUGGCAGUUCAGCACAGAGCCAGUCCUGUACAGCAGAAGCCAGGCGAGAUGAAGGUGUGCUUUAAGCGAAGUGUGGAAAUUCCUCACUGAAGAGGGAGGAACUAGGAGCCACGUUUACCCGCAGCUAGAACCCUCGAAUGCUUUCCAUGGAGGGGCAGAGCGGCUGGCUGGAAUUUGAAGAGAUUAUUGCAAUAAAGAUACGUCGCACCAACUGGAGCCUUUAUCAUCAAGUUGCCAAAUGCUUGUCAGAGUGCGUAAAUAUUGUUAUCGCUGCUUUAUUAAAGGGAAAAAGAGAUGAGAGAUGGGAAGGCUGAAAUACUGCAGUAGCACCUAACUUUUUUAUAGUGCCUCAAUGGAAGGGAAGUUUUUCAGGCCUGCUGGUCAUAUGCGCUAGGAAUUUAAGCAAAACAUGAAUGAAUUUGGUGUAGCAGAAUAUCUGUUGUCCUAAUCUGCUCUGCUGUGACUGGGAAUCUCAUCUUCCAUUAGGCCGUAGUUAAUCACACUUUCUGUCUGGUAAAUCUAGAAAAUGUGAUCUGCCCGUUAGCAAAGUCAGUUCCCCUGUCUCUGGUCUCGGCCACCACUUCUGACUCUCCGUCUCCAGGAGGUAUUGGCUCUUUUCUACAGGUACGUAACCAUAAAUGUUAAUCUUAUGAUUUUUGAGAGCAACAAGCCAAGGCUCUCUAUGACCUGCCCUGUCUCCUGUAGUUAGUAUAGAUGAUAACGUGGAGCUGCUCUUCUGCUCUCGACUCACAAAGCUUCGCGGAACUCCCAGCCUGUUGAAACGGUGCCAGCGCGCUGUGGCGUUCACUGAAACGAGCAGAGCCUCCUCUCGGUGACGGUCCAGAAGCAUCCACUGCCACAGCCUGUAAUUUCUUUGUGAAAACCGUCUGCUUGUGCCUGAACCACGAUCGCGCAGGUGAGUCCUUUCAGCAAACUUUGGGAGGGAACAGCUGCUCGCAGUGAAAACAAGACGAUCCUGCUGAUCCAAGCUGAAAUGUGACAUGGAAAUGGGAUUUUUGACCUUGAGAGACGGGAAGAGAGCGCUCCUCCGCCGCGUCCCGGCCGGGGACGAUCGGACCAGGCAGUUGCAGACUCAUCUUUGGUCCCGCUGAUGCUCCCGGCGACCCAUCGCCGGCUGUGGGAAAACAACAAAAUCCAGCGGCGCAUCAGGGAGCGGAGCCGGACGGCGGCAGAGGCAUGUGCUGUGACCAAGUUCAUUUUAAAGAUUGUUGAACAGGAAAAGAGUUUGGGAAGCAUGAGGUGACCGUGAACUUCCAGAAAUCCCGAAGACUUGUGGGGACAGGUAACUGCGGUGGAAGAAAAGACAGAUUCAGUGUCCAAGCAGGCAUUCACAGAGUUUUGACCACAGCAUGUGAGCAGAAGGAGAAGCCUGGAGUGGGAUCCCUGCCUGCCCACGCCCAGCCCCGACAUUGCUGGGGCCACAUCUUGCAAGACGAGGAAGAGGAAAAGACCCUUCGUUCACCAUUGCUAAAAAUGGGAGGCAGCAUCUGUCCAGCAGACCAGGAAGGGAAGCUCCAAACCUUGCCUUUGGGGCAUCCCUGGGAGUGCUGCAGCCGGAGCGACACAGCCCUCUGUCAGUAAGGGGUGUCGGGGCAGCAUGGCGCAGAGAGCCUGGGUCAGCAUGCUCUUCCACAACCGCAAGACCCAGCUCCUGCUGGUCAACUCCCUGACGUUCGGCCUGGAGGUCUGCCUGGCAGCAGGGAUAACCUACGUGCCCCCGCUGCUGCUGGAAGUGGGCGUGGAGGAGAAGUUCAUGACCAUGGUUUUAGGGAUAGGACCUGUCCUUGGCUUGGUUUUUGUCCCGCUAAUUGGAUCCGCCAGUGACCACUGGCACAGCAGCUAUGGCCGAAGGCGACCUUUCAUCUGGAUGCUGUGCCUGGGAGUCCUGCUGAGCCUCUUCGUUAUCCCACAUGCCAGCAGCCUGGCCAGCCUGUUUGCCCUCAACACUCGCCCGCUGGAGAUUGCCUUCCUCAUCCUGGGCAUCGGGUUACUGGAUUUCUGCGGCCAGGUCUGCUUCACUCCGCUGGAAGCCCUGCUCUCAGACCUCUUCCAGGAGCCAGACAACUGCCGCCAGGCCUUCUCCAUGUACGCCUUCAUGAUCAGCUUGGGGGGCUGCAUUGGCUACCUGCUUCCAGCCAUUGACUGGGGUGGCAGCUUUCUGGCCCCGUACCUGGGAGGGCAGGAGACCUGCCUCUUCAGCCUCCUUGCCGUCAUUUUCCUCGGCUGUGUGCUGGCCACGCUCUUUGUGACGGAGGAGGCAGCCACCCAGGCAGAUGUCCUGGAUGGCCCCACACUGAAGGAUGCUCCUCCUAAGCCCUCACCUCCUGCCUGCUGCUCUUGCCAGCUCUCCCGGAGCUCCUGUCUCCUGCAGGCCAGGCAUGUGAUGCAGGCCCUGAGAAACCUCUGCACGUUGGUGCCACGGCUUCACAGCCUCUACUGCCGCAUCCCCAAGGUCAUCCGGCGUCUGUUCGUGGCUGAGCUCUGCAGCUGGAUGGCACUCAUGACUUUCAUGCUGUUCUACACAGACUUUGUUGGGGAAGGACUGUACCAUGGCGUCCCCAGAGCCAAGCCAGGCACGGAUGCCAGACGCCACUACGAUGAAGGUGUCCGGAUGGGUAGUUUGGGCCUCUUCCUGCAAUGCGUCACAUCCAUCUUCUUUUCGACAAUCAUGGACCGGAUGGUGAAGCAGUUUGGGACGCGGGCGGUCUACCUGGCCAGCGUGGUGUUCUUCCCCGUGGCUGCCUUCGUCAUGUGCCUUUCCCACAGUGUCAUCGUUGUGACCAUCUCAGCUGCUCUGACGGGCUUCACCUUCUCUGCACUCCAGAUCCUGCCAUACACCCUGGCAUCACUCUAUCAUCAUGAAAAACAGGUAUUUUUGCAUAAAUAUAAGAGCAAAGAAGAGGAAGAUGCAGCUCGACUGAAUAAGAAAUCAGCCUUCUCUAAAGGCCUCCUUUCCAGCCAGAAGCUGCCUUACCAGAAUGGACAUGCUGGGAGCCUCUUCUCUUCUUCCUCCUCCUCUCCUCCAGCCGCCGGCUCGGCUCUGUGCGUCAGCUCCUCCUGCGACGUCUCGCUCAUGAUGAUGGUGGGAGAACCGGACUCUGUGGCUCCCGGACGAGGCAUCUGCCUGGACCUGGCUAUUUUGGACAGUGCUUUCCUCCUCUCUCAGGUUGUCCCCUCCCUCUUCAUGGGGUCCAUCGUCCAGUUUACGCAGUCAGUGACUGCCUACAUGGUGUCAGCUGCCGGCUUUGGCCUGGUGGCCAUUUACUUUGCAACCAAAGUUGUCUUUGAUAAGAGUGACAUGGCGAAGUAUUCAGUGUGACGUGGAAGGCACAAGGGCAGCGCGCGGGUGCCUGCAUGUGGCAAAACGAGAUGUGUGUGUGUUCACACGGCCGCUUGUGGGAGGCCUCGUGUGGGACCUGCUCUCCCCAUGCUGUUGCUGUAGCCCUGGGGGCUAGUUGUGGGCUGGGGCCAGGAGAGAUGCAGCAGGGCUAAUCUCAGGUGUAAAUACGAGGCAUCGGGGCAUUGUGCUUCGGGCCAUAAGUGCUUUCCAAAGGUGCCUUUAUCAAAAGAAAGCACUGCACAGCCAGCACCAAAGGGGGUUGUACAAGGGAGAGAAAGGAAAUGGACUUUUCCUUUAAUAACGGGUCAUGUUUCUUUGUAAUUCUACCUAAACUGAGCAGGAGAGGCAGUGGUAUGGGGAGGGGAGGAAGAAAUCAUUGGCUCUCCUGUUUUCCAGUUAUAGCUGUAUCCUCUUCCGCUGCCUCUUGUAGUUUUACUCAACUUCUUGAGCAAUACUUCUGCAAAUAGGACACUGGGAGGAGAUUUCCUUGGAAAAAAAAAAAAGAUGGGUGGCUAAGGUUUGGCCUCGGAGCAAAGGGGGUGCAUAUAUGUGCACGCACGUGUUCGUCCUUUCCCACCUCUGUUCUGACUGGGAGAAACCAUUUAGGAGAAAAGUUACUAUGUCUUGUUUUGGAAAAACAAGUAACGUUUCAUUAGGACCAAUUCCAAAAGGUGACUUACCUUUUACCUAUGUACCAAGUUGCAUCAGAUGGAAUGGACUUAACUUUUUUUUUUUUUUAAACAAUUGUUUUUAGCUUUUCUUACGCAGUUCUCAGUAACUCUGACCUCUCACUCCUCAGCGCUCAGAACUGCUGCCUGCUCUCUCCCCUGACAGAUCUAGGCUGUUGUGGCUCUUCUGCACCUGGCCCCUAAAAUAUGCUGCCCUACACAGGGGAAAUCUGUUCUUGGAGGGUUUUCAUUCUGUGACAAUGAAGUAGAACAGGGAGAGCUCUCCUGGGAGGCUACCUGAGAACAAGGGUACCAUCCCCGAGGAAGCUGGAGAAAUCCACUGAUGGCUAGUUGACGCCCACUGAUGGCUAAUUGAACUCAGCAGCAGUCACUGCUCCAGUAGGUACCUGGAGUCGGUCACUGGCUGUGCCUGUUUUCCCUCAAAGCUGUGGGCACAAAGCAGCCUUCUAGACCAGGCUCUUCCUUCCAGACAGAAAGGCUCGGGGCUGUGCUUGCCGGCUGGCAGGAGCACACCUUGCAGAGCACGCCGCAUCCCGGUGCGGUGGCUGAGUUACCACCUUGCCAGCGCACCCAGAGUGUGCUGGAAACAGCACCGUGAACGGGAGGGAGGUAGGACAAAACGUGCCUGCAGCCGCUUACACAGCCUAGUUAGUUCUUGGUGUGUUGGACAGGACGCGGAGCAGGACAGAAACUCUUGAUGCUGUUUGUGCCUGUCAUUUGCUGAUCCAGAUUAUGUCUUUACUGUUACACUUGUUUGGGAUUUUUUUAAUUUAUUUUAUUUUACUUCCAGACAGGAGUCAAGGUUCUUAAUGAGGCACAGCGUAAACAAUUACCCGUUUGAGAAAGGCAAAGGCCCUCUUGCUCUCCUAGCACUGGGACCAAAUGCUCCUGCGUUGUUGAGGUUGUUGAGCUCCCAGCUGUGAGUCAUCUUCCACUGGCGGAAGAGUGGCUGCCGCUAUGUGUCCCUCUGGCCAGUCCCAUUCCCCAUCCGCGUGGAAUAAUUCUGUUUGUGGCGGAUUUCGACCACUCAAAAACUACCCGCACACCAAGUAGGAGUCGAGGUCCUGGCCCACAGUCAGCACUUAAACUUCGAAAUGAUCCAAACGCUGCCUGCGGUGCACGGAGCAAAACAUGAACUGGGUGUUUGGAGGCCAGGCUGGGAGUAUGCAGAAGUUCAGCAGUCCUUAACUUUGGCUGGUCUAAACAAAGUGUUCGUGACGAAUUUUCUGCGGAGGUGUGUGGGCAGUGAGAUGCAGUGGUGAGGCUCUGCUGAAGGGCAAUCUGUUGCUAUUUUUGCAAGGUCUUGUCAGACUAUUCCUUGGCAUGGAAGCCAGGUUACUCCCCUGCUGUCUGCAGACGGGUCCUGAGAGGGCUUCUCCUAAGUUUUUUAAACAUUUCUUUCCCGUAAAGGGUGACUGUUUUUAUUUUAUUUCUUCUCAAAUUAUAUGCUUACCAGCCUCGCUUUCCCACAACAAGGUUUGCGUGCUGAAAUGCAGCUGUUUUGGGGAUGGAUUUGGCAGCUGCUUAACCACCUACAGAAACAGUUUUUUGUCUGUACUUCCUACCCUGGUCUGUCCACUCAAGGCUUCAGGAGGAAGUCUUUGAGGCAAAAUGUUAUUGCCAAAGGUGGAGUGUUUCUUGGAUGAAUGCUCCUAGUGAUCAGUAACCUCCGGCCCAAGAUUUUUCAAACAGGUCCCUACCUGACUGCUGAAGUAUCCUUUAUUUUUUCUAAUGUAAAAUGAUGGGAAUCUUCACACGUGGAGGCUGCUACGAUGCUAAGUGUUUUUGAUAAUUGAGCCAUUUGGUUUAAGUGCCUAAGGAGUACUUCCACGCUAAACUUCAGGUGUACGGGUUUGAUGAUAAAGGCCUUAAAUGCUUCACUACGGGCAUCCAAGUGAUCCUUGAAAAAGCAACGGGCUGGCGGGGGAGACAGCCUUGUUUUAUAAUACCCUUUGGUUUGGAACAUGAAGGAGGGAGACGCUGCAGUUCUUGAUCCAUCACUUGUAUCUGUCCCUCAAGAGGAGAAGACUUAAGUCUGCCAGGUUCCCCGAGUGACCUGCCCUCCAUCCGCUGAGGUGGCUUCAGUGCAGCUGUAGCCUGGCCGUAGCUGGUGGACAUGAAUAGGUUUGGGCUCAGAGCAUGUGCAGCAGGUUCUGGAGCUGGAGGGCGUAGGAUCAGUCAGUGCAGGUCGGGUCUCAGACCUGUCCUUCACUGACAGAUCAAAUGUGCCCUGUUCUCCCACCCCCUUCACUGCGCUGGGUCCUGGACUUGGCACCCAGGUCUCCUCGGCAAGUCUGGCGUCUGCAUGUGGAGAGCUGGCUCUGAUCUCACUGGUCCUAGGAGAGGGCAGGCUGGGUUUGUCCAGUUUUCUCAUAAUUCAGAUAUGCUUCCGGGGAGGUGCCUGCAUUGACUUCAUUUAUGUUCAGAAAAGAGACCGCUGAGCGACUGAACUCGUGACUCUGCAGCCAGCUGCUCUUGCUCUCUGCAUCCCAGACGGGCGCCCGUCAUCUUGCUUUGGUCUGACCUGUGGCUGGGUUGAUAGCAGAGCUUAUCCUCCCUUCCAGCUGGAGAGACACGACCCAGUCUGAACCGGGGGCUCCGUAUCCACUUGUCCUCUGGCUGCACUGCUCUUGUUUUAGCCAGUUCAGCACGUUUGAGAAGAGCUACUUGAUUAUCCACCAAGAGACUCUUGGAUUUCUCCCCUCCCCCCUGGCACUCUUCUUCCCAUUUCUCCAUCUGGAGUGAAACCCAGCGAAUUCAGUAAUUGCUCCUUUCCGUCUUACCCUCCUAUUACUCCAGAAGUCUGCUGGGCCCCCUGCCAGCUGCUGACAGAGUGGGCAGAUGGGUACGGGAAGGAGUUGUUUGCCAAGACCCAGCUCUGUCUUCGCUAACCCUGUCCCCCGUGGGAGUUCAAGCCCAAACAGAUUUGGGCCGUUUUCCCUGGAAGCGUGGCUGUUGGCAGGGGGAGAGGAGGCAGGUGGGAAACCGCCACGUGCAGCCAGGUCCUGGGUGGGUGGUGGGCAGGCGGGGGACAAGGCUUCUGCAUACAAGAAAGGAGAACAAGGCAGGGGUCUCGGAGAAGAAUGAGUUGAGAUCGGGGCGAGGGAGCAGGCGGAAGAGGGGUUUGGGGGAAAUCAGGGGUUUGCAGCAGCGUGAGGGACUGGGGUGCGACACUGGCUCAGCCCCAGCCAUGGUGGGGAGCAUCCCCCUCGGUGUGGCCUUGCCCUGUCCAUAAAGCACUUCAUAACCCUUCAUGGUGGCAGCCUCCUGCCGGCGUGAUCCCGGCCCUGGCCAGGAGCUGGCUGUGUAGGUCCUGAGCUGGGCUGUCGUCCCCAAACCCGCAAGGGACAUUGCAUUUGCUGUCACUGCAGUGGCCCCAUCCGUGUGCUCUGUUGUUACCAAACCCCUUUCUUCCUAGCUCAGGCUGUCGCUGGGGCUGACAGGAGAGGCAUUUUCCAGAGCAUCUGGUGAGAAAACUCCUUUCUUUGUGAGAUGGUCCUUUGUGGCCAACCCGGCGUGUGGCCAACCCGGCGUGUGGCCAGGACCAGCUUCAUGUGUGUCGCAUGUAGAGCAGCAAGGGACAAGGCGUGUUCUAGUGAAGGUAAGCGCAUCCCUUACACGCUGUUACUGAUACGACUUGUGUGAACAUAGAAACCUCUCUAGGACAUGAUUUUUCUGCAGGACUUACAGCUAUGGGUACAAGCCGGGGUCACUGUCAGCGUUCCCGUGUCAGGCAGUGGGUGCACUUGUGCUUUCUUCUCCCGGGUGGAGCACGCUGUGCCUCGCCUUCCCUUCCGAGUGCCAGGGGUGCUGAGGUGGGGCGCAGGGAGAAUGUCGUGGUAGUGUGAGGCUCCUGAAUCUCCGGCUUAGGGAAGGAAGGAUGUGUGGAUGCUGUUUUUUCUUUGGAGAUCACGUACUGUCUGCGAGAUGUUCAUGUUUUAUUUAUUCGGUAGAGUAAAUAUUUUGUAUACGGUCUAAGAGGAAGGCUAUUAUAAAUUUUUAUGAAAAGGAGGAAAUA